AGUGCGGCUAGGGUUAGUACGUCCUCCCACUCUUAUUCGCCCAAUCGCCCCCCGCUUCGUCUCCACAUCCUAUCGCCGCCGCCGCCGAAACCGUAGCCCCCCCGCCCCUCAACCUCGGCAGAGCGAUGGCGAUGCGGUCCGUCUGGCGGAUGUUGUAGCCAGAAGGGUCAGUUCCCCAGUCCCCACAUACAAGAACGCGACUGUAGGGUCACCUUUCCCGCCGUCGUCUCCAUGGCGACCCUCAAUCCCUUUGAACUCCUGGGCGCCGACGACAACGACGAUCCCACGCAGCUGCUGGCCGCUGCUGCGGCAGCGAAGCAGAAGGCCGAGGCGAAGAAGCAGGCGGCGGCGGCGGCGGCCACAGGAAAGGGCGCGCAGCCAGCCCCCGCCAAGUUUGCAACCAAGCCUGCUCCCCCAGCCCAGGCCGUUAGGGAGUCUCGCACUGGUGGUGCUCCCUCUCGUGGAGGAUACGGGCGUGGCGAACGCGGCCGUGGCAGAGGUGGGCGAGGGUAUGGCCAGAACCGUGAGUAUGGCAGCGAAGAUGCUAAUGGGUUUCAGGGAGGAUAUGGUGCUGGAGGUGGUGCCAGAGCUGGAGGUGAAGAAGGUGCCCAAGACAGAGGUCCUCGGCCACCCUACCGUGGAGGCGGAGGAGGUCGGCGGGGUGGGUACCGUGAUGGUGAGUUUGGUGAUGACUCUGAGAGGCCAUUCCGGAGGACCUAUGAGCGCCAUAGCGGUACUGGCCGUGGGUUUGAAAUGAAGCGUGAGGGUGCAGGCCGUGGGAACUGGGGAACUACCACUGAUGAAAUUAUCGCCCAGGAAACUGAGGAAGGCCUGAAGCUGGAUGAGAAGGCCCCUGUUCCAGAGAAGCAGGGUGCUCAGGAGGAUGCUCCGCAGGCGGAGGAGAACAAGGAUAACAAGGACGGAAAUGAGGAAGAAGAGAAGGAAGAGGAUAAGGAGAUGACCCUGGAGGAGUUUGAGAAAAUAAGGGAGGAAAAGCGGAAGGCACUUCUUGCCCUAAAGACUGAAGAGAGGAAGGUUGAAGUUGAUAAGGACCUACAGUCUAUGCAGCCGCUUUCCACUAAGAAAGGAAAUGAUGAAAUUUUCGUAAAACUGGGUUCUGAUAAGGAUGCUCUGAAGAAGAAAGAAAAUGCUGAACGUGAUGAGCGUGCUAAGAAGUCCGUGAGCAUCAAUGAGUUCUUGAAACCUUCUGAUGGAGAAAGGUACUAUGGUGGCCGAGGUCGUGGCAGGGGCCGUGGUGACCGUGGCUUCAGAGGGGGAUAUGGUGGGGGUUAUCGUGCUCCACCAGCUGCUCCUGCGAUUCAAGACCAAUCCCAAUUCCCAUCGCUUGGUGGGAAGUGAAACACACCUACUGCCAGAAAGCACAUCUUUGUUAUCAACGUCAAGUCCUGUUUAUCUGCAGAUUACCGUGCCACUGCUAAUCAGACAUAAUGGUGUUGGAUGUUUAUUCCCAGCUGUGUCAGUCGACUUUGUAUAUCAGAGUUGCAUGUAAGAAUUUUGUCAGGCUAUUAUCAGUGCCCCCUCGACAGCAGUCAUUUCUCGUGGGUUAUCAGCUCUAUUUUCAGAUGUGGCUAUAUCUGAUAA